UAUACGCAUACUAAGUACGUUAUGUCAGUAUGCAAAAAGAACAGUGAUGAUCCAACUCUAAAGUACUUUUUCGUGAGUUAUGUCUGUACAUAUGGACGUAAACGCAGUUCGUCAGAGUCAGAUGCUCGCGUUCAGGAUGUAGAUGAUGAUAGUAACAAUCAUUCUUCUAAAGAGCAUACAACUUCUAACUCGCCAACACAACCUUGGCAAAGGAGACAACUUCGGUCAUCUAC